UUAUGGCGACAUCAGAAAAUUCACACUCGGGAGAAACCAUUUCAGUGCCAAGAGUGUGGAAUGAGAUUCACCUUGAAGGAAAGUCUCAUUUUCCAUCAAAGAAUUCAUAAAGGGGAGAAACCAUUUCUGUGCUUGGAAUGUGGGAAGAGCUUCAAUCAAAAGGGAAGUCUCACUUCCCAUCAAAGAAUUCAUACAGGGGAGAAACCAUUUCAGUGCCUGGAAUGUGAUAAGUCCUUUACUACAGGAAGAAACUUACACCAACAUAAGAGAAUUCACAGUGGGGAGAAACCCUAUCAGUGCUUGGAGUGUGGGAAGAGCUUCAGGAAGAGGACCUAUCUCACUUCCCAUCGAAUAAUUCAUACAGGGGAGAAACCAUUUCAGUGCCUGGAAUGUAAGAAGUUCUUUGCUACAAGAAGAGACUGCCAUCGACAUAAGACAAUUCACACUGGGGAGAAACCAUAUCAGUGCUUGGACUGUGGGAAGAGCUUCAGGCGGAGCUCAUGUCUCGCUUCCCAUCAAAGAAUUCAUACAGGGGAGAAACCCUAUAAGUGCUUGGACUGUGGGGAGUCUUUCCCUACAAGCAGAUACUUCCGUCGACAUCAGAGUAUUCACAGCGGAGAGGAACCAUACCAGUGUGCGGAAUGUGGGAAGAGCUUCUUCUUGAAGGACAGUCUCACUUCUCACCUCCGAAUGCAUACAGGGGAGAAACCAUAUCAGUGCUUGGAAUGCGAGAAGAGGUUUACUACAAAGAAACACUUCCGUCGACAUCAGAGAAUUCACACUGGGGAGAAACCAUUUCAAUGCCAAGAGUGUGGAAAGAGCUUCAGCGACAGGUCCCAUCUCACUUCCCACCAAAUAAUGCACACAGGGGAGAAGGCAUAUCAAUGCUUGGAAUGUGGAAAGAGCUUCAGUCGGAAGUAUAGCCUUACUUCCCACCAAAGAAUUCAUACAGGGGAGAAACCCUUUCAGUGCCUGGAAUGUGAGAAGUGUUUUCCUACACGAAAAGGGUUCCUUCGACAUCAGAGAAUUCACACUAAGGAGAAACCAUUUCAAUGCAGGGAGUGUGGAAAGAGCUUCAGCGACAGGUACCAUCUCACCUGCCACCAAAUAAUUCAUACAGGGGAGGAGCCAUAUCAAUGCUUGGAAUGUGGAAAGAGUUUCAGUCGGAAGGAUCGCCUUACUUCCCACCAAAGAAUUCAUACAAUGGAGAAACCUGAAUAG